CCACUGUUUGGUCACACCUCACAGACCCAAACCAGUCAUUUUAUCACACAACACUUUCCGGACACGUAAGGCAUUAAAGAAAAGACAGAGGGUAUUUUUGGUAUUUUCAAUUUCCAGCCAUGUUUACUCAGACAAUGAUUUCCGUUCAAGAAUGGCUUGCAAAGUUGGCAAUGUCCCUCUUCUCCCUUACCUCACCGAUCCGUACACUUAACCUGCUUUCUCACUCUUCGUCGCUUCUCUUUGGCAGUUAAGCUGCUUCAAUACAAACACCCACCUAAUUUCUCUCUCUAAAACUAAAACUAAAACCUCCCCCCCCCCCAAAAAAAAAAUCCAUUUUUUUUGUUGUUGUUGUUGUUGUUGAUGUCUCUCUCUUAAUUCGUUCAUUUAAUGCUUCUCGUCCUGCACGCACGUUCAUUGGUUUCAGCAGAAGAGUUAACAGCUAGAAGAGGGUAAAUAAAAGAGGAAAAAAAAAAAGAAGAGAACUUUGUUUUGGGUUUUCACUGUUUGGGUGAGAAGAAGAUGCCUCUGGUGAGGUUGCAGGUGAGGAAUGAGUUCGGUUUGGGGCAGCCUGAGUUGUACAGAGAGUCAAACAGAGAGGACCCUAAAGCUGUGUUGGAUGGUGUGGCUGUGGCUGGUCUUGUUGGGAUCUUGAGGCAACUUGGUGAUCUUGCUGAUUUUGCAGCAGAGGUUUUUCAUGGUCUGCAAGAGCAAGUAAUGACAACAGCUUCCAGGAGUCAUAGAUUGAUGGUUCAGGUUCAAAACAUUGAAGCUUCACUACCUGCCUUGGAGAAGGCUGUAUUGGCACAAACAAGUCACAUACAUUUAGCUUACACAGCUGGUUGUGAAUGGCAUCCACGCAUGAAAGCUGCUCGAAAUCAUUUCAUUUACAAUGACUUGCCUCACUUUAUUAUGGAUUCAUAUGAAGAAUGCCGUGAUCCUCCACGGGUACACUUGCUUGAUAAAUUUGAUACUGGUGGCCCAGGAUCUUGUUUCAGGAGAUAUUCAGAUCCGACCUUCUUUAAAAGAGUAUCUGCAGAUUCAGAUGAAUCUUACUCUGGGAAAACUGAAAAAGCAAGGAAAUCUCAUAAAAGCAAGAAGAAAAGAUCACGAAGGAAUGGAGACAUUUUAAGGAGUGAACAGAGGCACAGCACUAGUGGAAGAAUGCAAUCUAUUUCUUCUGCUAUCAGUGGGCAAACCUCUUCCUCACAAACAGCCUCCACCAUAGAUAUGGCAAUGAAAUCAGAUCUGGAAAAUUAUUCAAAUUCUUUUGAUUCAAAAUCUGGUGCUGGCUACAUUGAAUGUGUUUUCCAUCCAAGUAAUUCUAUGCAAUCUGAUGAGCCAGAUUAUAAAGAACCAUCCUCUACAAGAUUGAAACAGAAAGCUGAUACUCUGUCAUCAGUAUCUCAUCAUAUUGAUGAUAGUAUUUCACAUGAUUCGUUGGAAAAGCAAGUUGCAUCUAGUUCAUUUGGUGUUACUUGGGAUGAAAAGGAAGAGAUAGUGGAAUCUAAGAGUCAAACAUGUGACAGAAAUAAAACUCCGGAGAGGCUUGUGGAAAAGCAUGACUCAAAUAUGCAUGUGAAAGAGGCUGUUACCAUAACCAACAUUGACUACAAUCAUAUCCUAUUUACUGAAGAAAACAACCUGAAACCAGUCCGCAAUAGGGCUCAAACUGAUGAUAUUGAUAGUGAACCUGAUAAUUAUGUGGAUGCUCUCAACACCAUUGAAUCAGAAUCUGAAAAUGAUAUUGAUUAUAUAACAAAACGAGAGGUGCAGCAGUUAUCUUCACGUGUCACUUGUGGAAUGAUUGAAAAUGGAGUUAGUGAAGCUCCUCCUAAUUUAAUGGACAAUAAUUUAUCUGAUGUCGUUUUCCAGACUGAUUAUACUGUUCUCUUAAAUGAAGAACAAGGGCAUUUAGCUGACUCACUGCAAGAAAAUCAUGUUCUUGAUCUUUUAUCAAAGCCAAAUGCAUCUAAUUUGGGAUAUGUAAGUCCAUCUGAUGAUCUUGAUAGAGAAAAUAUGACCAGAGACACUGCUUCCUUAAACAAAGAACCAUUCAGGGAUUUGCCUGACUCUCUGCAAGAUAUUCCUCCUCUCACAUCAGAGCCACAUGUAUCUAAUUUGGGACCUGUAAGUCCAUCAGAUGUUCUUUAUAGUGAAGAAAUGACCAGAGACACCAUUUGCUUCAAUAAAGAAAUGUUUGGGAAUUUGCCUGACUCAUUGCAAGAAAUUUCUCCUCUCACAUCAGAGCCACAUGCAUCUAAUUUGGGACUUGGGAAUCCAUCAGAUGUUCCUUAUGGUGAAGAAAUGACCAGAGACACUGUUUUCUUCAACAAAGAAACAUUUGGGAAUUUGCCCAACUUGCAAGAAAUUCCUCCUCCCACAGUAGAGCCACAUACAUCAAAUUUGGGACCUGUGAACCCAUCAAAUUCUCCUCACAGUGAAGAAAUGACCACAGAUACCGUUUCCUUAAACAAAGAAAUGUUUGCGAAUUUGCCUAACUCAUUGCAAGAAACUCCUGCUCUAACAUUAGAGCCGCUUGCAUCUAAUUUGGCAUUUGUGAGUCCAUCAGAUAUUUCUGUUAGCAAAGAAAUAGCCAAGAAUAUAGCUGAUUCUCAUCCCUCCAAGACUCCUGCCUGUGAGCAGGUUCCUCGCCCAAGUGAAAAUUCUGUUUUGGAUAACUCAGUAUGCACUGACUCCUACAUUGGUUCUUCUACUGUUAAUGAUACAGUGUCAGCACCAAUUGAGACUGAUAUAUCAUUUUCUGGUUCCAAAAACUCUAAUUUACCAGAUGAGGAAGCAGGUAAGAUCAACAACAAUAUCUGCAAAUCUGAAGAGACUCAUAGAGAGUCUUUGGCUGAUCAUUCAGUUAGGUUCUGGACUAAUGGUGGAUUAUUAGGACUCGAGCCAUCAAAACCUCCUGACUUUAACAAGUCAACUUCUCUAGGUCAAGGGUCUUUGAGCACUAAAAGUGAAACAGAUGGUGGUUCACAUCAUAGUUCAAUGCAAAAGAGCAAUGGUUAUAAAGAGGAAUGGGAAUCAUCAGAAGAGGUUGCUGAGCAGAUUCUAAAGGAACCAAAUUCUAGAUUCUUAACAUCAGGCCAUAAUGAUGACCAAGCUUGUGUCUCUGAAAAGGCCACUGGCAAUUCUCAGCAGAGUAAUGGAUUUGGUCAGACUGAGAGGGACAAUUUAGGGGAAAUCAGGGUAAUUGCACCUGGAAGUAUUCUCCCAUUGACCCCUGACACAAAGGACAGUACUGAACCCAACCAGGGAAAUGGUGAAAACUCAUCGCGUGUGUUUGGACUUAGUCGUAGAUUACUAAUAAAUAGCUUUCAGCGGAAAGUUUCUUUUGAUGAAAAAUUUGAACAUUAUAAUUCUCUGAAAUCUGUUAUAUUGGACCAGAGUGGACAAAAUGGCAUUGUAGGACCAUCACUUCCUGAGACAACAUCCUCCAAAGAGAAAGUUGGUUCUGGAUAUCCUAUAAAGUCACUUCCUCCUUCACCUCCACUUGAACAUAUGAAAAUAUCCUUCCAUCCUGUCAGUGGACUAGAGACCUCCAAAUUAAAACUGAGAUUUCCGGAUGGCAGUAAUCAUCAUGAAAGCGUAAAUGAUAUGUUUCCUUCUUUCCAGUUGGUUCCUGAAGCUUCUCUUCCUCUGGAUGGUUCAGUUUCUCACUCUGAUGAUGAUGACACUUUCUGUAGAUCAUCUCCAUACAUAUCAGAUGAUGGUCGAAGCCCUCGCUCUGACUAUAAUUCUGAUCAGUGGGAAUCUGAUGAGACUCCGGAAAGCAGUGACCAAGGGGUGCAUGAUUCUCCUUGCAGAAGGUCAUCAACUGAAUCUGUGUCCAAUGAUGAUACCAAUGCAAAAAGUGGACAUGGUACAUGUACUAUGAAUGGUGUGGAACAUUCUCUGUCCAGGCCUUUACUUGAUUUUCCAAGUUACGAUAAUGUUAAUCCUGCACUUGAGAAAGAAAGUAAAAAACAUUCCAAAUGCAAUAAUGCUGUUAUGUCACAUAGUCAUGCAGAGCCUGCACAACCACCACCUCCUCCUCCUCUUCCUCCAACGCAAUGGCGAGUCUCAAAACCACAGUUGGAUAUGACAAGUGGGACACAGUAUUGUAUGUCUGAAGAUGCUGAACAUAUUGGUGAUCACAGUCUUCCAGAUUCUACUAUCCUCCAGCAGCCUAGGGUCACCCAGGUUGAGCAAAUACAAAUUAAUCACGAUGAUCAUGAAUCUUAUGACAACAUUAUAUAUAAAUUGAAGGACAAGCUGGAUCAGCAGAAGUUGAAGGGUCAGAAGGAAGCAAACCAGUUGAGAAUGGGAAAGGAGAUAGAUGAAAGAGAAGAUUUCCUAUAUCAAAUCAGAACAAAAGCAUUCAACCUAAGGCCCACAGUAUCAGGAAAGUCAAAUGAUACCACUGGUUCCACAGCAAACGUCAAAGUUACAGCAAUUUUGGAGAAGGCAAAUGCAAUCCGUCAGGUUGUUGCGAGUGAUGAUGGUGAAGAUGAUGAUAACUGGAGUGAUACAUGACAUGUUUUUUUUAAUAAAGAAAAAAAAUAUUUCAUACACGAGUAGUCCUUUAUGUUUUUUAGCCUCUUGAAGUGAAGUUGCUUGAGGCUUUGUUGUAUGUACACAUGUGUGAAUAAAUCUUGUUUAUCUGUUAUUAAGUGUAGUGCAGUUUCAUUUCAUUAUCGUAUGAUGAUGAAUUUAUAUCUUCGUUAGUUGAAUCAGGCUGACCCUAUGUAUUGUGAGAUCACAAAUCCAGGCGAUUGUUUAUAAAAAGUUCCUGAAAAAAAAAUCAUAAUUCAGAGUA